UGGCGCGGUGUGCAGAAUGCCUGAACCAGGAAUAGAUUAAGCGUUUAGUAGAGUUAUUUAUUAAGUAAAUAAAUAUACCCAUACUUUACUAUUAUUAUUGUUCUUUGUUUUUAUUUUAACUUAAUUUUAUUUGUAUAAUGUUAUCGCUUAGACAUGACCAUUGGUUCAUUAGGAAGGUGGUAUUUUGGCGGGCAGCAGCAAGUAUUGCAUGGUCAGUAUUGUUGUUACCAGCUUCCACUGCAAUAUUUGUACUUCUGAGCAGGAUCAGUGUCUUGCAUCCCAUAGAAUGGAUAACCGGUUCACUAAACUUUUUGUGUGGUUCCUACGUUAUUUUUUCUAUUGUACUUCUGUGCUUGGUGGUGCUGAUUAUUGGUUUCUUCAUUCUGGAGUUUUACACAGUGGUGCCUUCGAUACCUUGUACUCGGAUUGCACUAAUAGGAAAGGUGCUUCACCCCCAGCAGUCUAUUCACUCUCUGGUUCACUCUGUGUUGGGAAUGCUGGUGUCCUGGUGUGCAGCAGUGAUGAUAGGUGGACGAUACCAGUUUCUUUCCACCCCUUGCAUUGUUGAGGAAAGUGCUGCUGCUAGUUCUAUGUGCCUCAAUGAGUACCACCUCUUCUUUCUGUUGGCUGGUGCUUUCAUGGGUUACAGCUACAGUAUUCUAUAUGUUGUUGGCAACAUGAACUAUGUGUCUUUUCCAAGUAUACAGCAAUGGAAGUACCUGCGUUUCAAGGGAACCCUGCCUCUGGUAAUUAAGCACAGUGCAGUCCAGGCAUUGUAUUCUGUUCGGAAUUACUGCAUCACUUAUUUCUUCUUGGGUUAUAUCCCGAGAGCAUGGAUAUGUACAACAAUGAAUCUUCAAAAAGACAGGACUCUUCACUCACUGGACACCUUCACAGGCCUACUUGACUUUGCUCUUCUCUACCACUUGUGGAUAAGUGGAACAUUUCUCUUAGUAACAUGGUACAUGACAUGGCUGCUGUUUAGAAUCUACACAACAGAGGUGUAUUGUUUUCCAGUGCAAUCCUCAUUUUCAGAGGAUGCACACCAGUGCCUUCCCAAAGUCUUAAGCAGCAAACAACCCCUUAUUUUAAAGUAUUUAGCUUUUCAGGAUUUUGCAUUGCUGUCUCAAAACUCUCCAUCUAGAAGACAAGAAGUUUUUAGCUUGAGUCAACCCGGUGGCCAUCCUCACAACUGGUCAGCAUUAUCAGGGGAAUGUUUAACUAUAUUGAGUGACCUUACCCAGAAGUUGAUUGCUUACCAAGAAGCUGUUUCGUCCAAUGGAAGAAUUAAGCCACAGUCUGUUGGCAGUGACAAGAGAACUUCAUCUUCUGGCAGUUCGGCAACAUCUUUAAUAGAGGAACCUACGAGCUGGCAAACGCCAAGACUUAGCCUGGGUCCCAGAACCCCUGGUUCUGUGUUUCUCAGGUCCUCUGUGGUAUCCCCUUUCACUCCCGAUCUAGGAAGCCCUUUUGGUUCACCUGCAAUGAAACGAUUAACUGGGACACUGGACCCAUCUUCUCCUUGGCAUGGCUCAGUGCAAAGUCCGCAUGUCAUGAGAAGAGGACCCAAACUCUGGACCUCGUCUUUGGGUGCAGAGUCUCCCUUGAAUGGCAGCCCACAAUCAGGACCUCCUCCAGUGCCAAGCCUGGGAGCUGGGGCACAGAAGCCCAGUAUAGUCUCUUUGUGGAUUCAGAACCGUCAGGAACAGGUUAAAAAUGUCCUGGCUAAACGGGUGCUGAUAAUGUAUUUAUUUAAUAAGCUUCCAGAAGCCUCCAGCCAAGCCCUUUUUGCAGAGAGUCAAGCACACAUGUGGGCACUUGAAGGUCUGUCUCAUUUGGUAGCAGCGUCCUAUACAGAAGACAGAUUUGGGGUUGUCCAGACUACACUUUCUGAUAUUCUUGGUACUAUGCUUGCUUUACAGGAGGCAGUAGAUAAGCAUUUCAAGUUACCUCAUGCCUCCAGUAAACCAGCAAGAACUUCGGGAAGCCUGGUUGAUACUUCCUAUAAAACCCUAAGGUUUGCUCUGAGGGCAUCUCUGAAAACUGCCAUCUACAGGAUAACUACCACCUUUGGCGAACAUUUAAAUGCUGUUCAAGUGUCGACUGAGCAUCGAAAAAGACUCCAGCAGUUUUUGGAAUAUAAAGAAUGAAGACAUUCCCUUUCCCUGACGUUGCCUUUUUUUAACUAAUGCUGCAGCAACUGAUUUGCAAAACACCCGAGUUGUUGUUUGAACUGUUCUUCACAUAUAUGCUCAAACUGCCUUGUCCGAGGAAACGGGAACAUCGUCGUUUUGAAUUGCCAUGACAACUCUUUCCUGUGGUGAAUCUAAACGUGGAACCGCAGAAUAGCGGAGGAGUUUUAAGAUGUAAUGUAACUUUCCUUCUGUCCCCUUUUCCUUCCCUCUCAGCUGUAUUGUAUUUGUGCUAUAAUGCAGCCUGCACCAAUUUCACAUGGGUAUUUAUAAAGAUGUGGUAAAGGUUUA